CUACGUUUUCAUUGUCAAGUGGCAGCCUCCGUUGAACCUGUGGCUUUGAAAGAGUGUUGAUUUGAAACAAACCCGAUGAUCGGAAUAACUUAAAAUUUAGUUCAAUGGUUAUUUGAUUGAUUAGUUGCACUUAAGUUGUUUUUCUUCACUUCAACCUAUUGUUAUUGGAUGGUUUACUAAAGUCAGUGUGUAUUUGUUUGGAGAUAUGAUACACCUAUUUCAAGUUUGGAGUUAAAACCAGUCCCUCCCUAAUAAGGACUUUGAUAAUUACGUUGCACAGGACUAAAGCAGCGCACUGAUUUAAUCUAGGUAGCCUAACCUGUCUGGAUCAAACUAAUUCGUAAGUUACAAUAUUUGACUCCAAGAUGGUGAGCCAUGAUAUCCUGAAGUACUUCGCCCUUUUAAUAGCAUCCAUUAUCGCCUUCAGCUCUAGCCUUCAGGAGCCCAAAUGUGACAAUGCCCUAGACAACAGAGGACUCAACGUUUGGAAUUGCUCCAGCAGAGACAUUAUAGAUUUUGAGUUCCUCAAAGGACAGAUUCCUGGGAACGUAGAAGUGUUGGAUUUUUCCAGAAACCGUUUUACUGAGCUUCCAUCGAUAGAAGAGAGUCCAGACUGUGAUAGGGAAUCUCCAUGUGAAAACAAUACAAAGAAUCUAUGCCGUCGAGAUAUUCUGUUUGGCAGGAAUGAAAUCAACAGAUUUAAAGACGACGCUCUUCAUAACCUGGUUUGCCUCAGGACACUUGACCUCUCUUACAACGAGCUGACGUCAAAAAUAUUUCAUCCAAACACAUUUCAGGAAGGUGCGCAUCAUUUGCAAACGCUAAACCUGAGUGGAAACAAAUUGGGCGAUCUGCCUGACCACGUGCUGGGCUCCCCUUUCCUGCGCAGCCUGCGAGUUCUGGACCUUUCUAAUGCUUCUUUGUUGUCCAUAUCGAGAAGCUCCGUGGACGACCUGGGCGAGCUUAGGCUACUGAAUCUCAGCUAUAACAGCUUGAAAGAAAUCCAUAAUCAGACUUUUAAGGGCCUGACCAACCUAGAAUUCCUGGAUCUCAGACACAACCAGCUGGAGGUAAUAGACCGUGAGACGUUUGGGGACCUGGUCAAUUUGAAAGAGCUCUGGCUUUCAUACAACAACAUUAGGGAAAUUCACGUCAACGCAUUCUACAACGAUACAACGCUGGAGAGGUUGCACCUAGAAAACAAUAGGUUUCACUCGAUACCCUACAGCGCUAUCAACAAGCUGCCUCUUCUUCAUACGUUAAACCUUAAAGGAAACCCAAUCGUCGCUGUUACCAGAGAUUCGCAGGAAAACAAAGUGCGGAGUCUAAUUCUGGACAACACUCCACUGACGUCACUACAGAGCUACGCCCUCGCCUCUUUCUCUUCCCUUGAAUAUCUCUUCAUUAGCCACACGAAACUCAAAAGCAUUCACCCUAAAAUAUUCGGCGAUCAUCCGCCAAAGCUGAAAGAGGUCGUCCUAGAAAGUAACCACAUCGCCACCUUGGCGUCGGAGUCGUUGCCAUGGCAGCAGAUGUCAACUCUUCGUCUCGACGGUAAUCCAAUCGAAUGCAACUAUUCCGUCGCAUGGAUUAUCUCAUCGCCUGCUCUCAAAGGGAGGCUAAUAUGCAGUGCUCCACCACAAUUGGCUGGCAAGGAACUCAAAUAUCUAAACGCUGAGGACCUACAGCGUUACAUUUCCUUCGACAACAUUCUUAUCCUGAUCCUUGUGCCGGCCUCAUCCCCAUUCCUGGCGAUCUGCGGGUUCUUGAUCUGGAAGCGUAGGCGUCACUUCACGUGCUGUGGCCCCCAAGUGGGCGGCCAGUACGUGUCCGUAUUCACCCGUGACGCCAACGGCAGUGGCGAGGACGCCGUCUCCGUGGAGAUGAAGGUCCAGUUUAGCCGGCUGAAGUCUGUCAGCAACGAAGGCGCCAAAGACAAGAGAGCGCUGAUCAAGUUUGAGAGCUUGCCGCAGAGGGAGGAUGAGGAGGACGAGAUAUAAGAUCUUACUAUUUACAACUGCAUGGUGUUUGAAGCUGUGAUCCGAGAGAGAGAGCAGGACCCACAUAAGAGAGGACUAACUAAACAAGACUUCCACAUGUUGACACAUUUUGAAAUCGAAUGACUGCCAUGAAUUUAAUCGGAGCAGUAGUAUAGACUCAAUUGAUUAGCAUGAAGUAGAAAACAAAGUUCUAAGAUAAACGAACAAACGAAAACAACGUUCUGGAUUCUAGGUGGACAGACAAAUAAGACAAAAACAAAGUUCUAGAUUCUAGGUGGACAGACAAAUAAGACAAAAACAAAGUUCAAGAUUCUAGGUGGAAAGACAAAUAAGACAAAAACAAAGUUCUAGAUUCUAGGUGGACAGACAAAUAAGACAAAAAACAAAGUUCUAGAUUCUAGGUGGACAGACAAAUAAGACAAAAAACAAAGUUCUAGAUUCUAGGUGGACAGACAAAUAAGACAAAAACAAAGUUAUAGAUUCUAGGUGGACAGACAAAUAAGACAAAAACAAAGUUCUAGAUUCUAGGUGGACAGACAAAUAAGACAAAAACAAAGUUCUAGAUUCUAGGUGGACAGACAAAUAAGACAAAAACAAAGUUCAAGAUUCUAGGUGGACAGACAAAUAAGACAAAAACAAAGUUCUAGAUUCUAGGUGGACAGACAAAUAAGACAAAAACAAAGUUCUAGAUUCUAUGUGGACAGACAAAUAAUAAGACAAAAACAAAGUUCAAGAUUCUAGGUGGACAGACAAAUAAGACAAAAACAAAGUUCUAGAUUCUAGGUGGACAGACAAAUAAGACAAAAACAAAGUUCUAGAUUCUAGGUGGACAGACAAAUAAGACAAAAACAAAGUUCUAGAUUCUAGGUGGACAGACAAAUAAGACAAAAACAAAGUUCAAGAUUCUAGGUGGACAGACAAAUAAGACAAAAACAAAGUUCUAGAUUCUAGGUGGACAGACAAAUAAGACAAAAAACAAAGUUCUAGAUUCUAGGUGGAAAGACAAAUAAGACAAAAACAAAGUUCUAGAUUCUAUGUGGACAGACAAAUAAUAAGACAAAAACAAAGUUCUAGAUUCUAGGUGGACAGACAAAUAAGACAAAAACAAAGUUCUAGAUUCUAGGUGGACAGACAAACAAUAAGACAAAAACAAAGUUCUAGGACAGACAAACAAUAAGCAAAAAACAAAGUUCUAGGACAGACAAAGAAGUGAGAAAAAAUACGGACAGACAGACAUUAGAAAACAAGUUCCAGGAAGAGAAAUAAGCGAAAACAAAGUUCUAUAAAGACAAACAAUCCAAAA